AAUUCUGUACAACAAAAAUUAAAUUUAGAGCAAAAGUACUAAUUGACACUGAAUUUAAGGAAGUAUUUAAAAUUAAUGAUUUGACAGACAGUCAAAGAAGAGGCAUUGUUAUUGGCAUAGCAUACUUGCUAUUAAAUCCUUAAUCGUUGAAAUUUUGGCCUUAGAUCCUGUUAAAUUGGUAUAUUUUCUUUAAUGGCUUUUUCAUUCCAACAAUCAAUAGCAGAUUAACACGUGGAACUCUCUCCUCUAAAUAGAAACCAAAUUUCAUAAAAGAAAAAUUGUUUCCCUCGCAACUUUUAGUGGGAUGAAAACUGCGUUGAAGAACCUUUUCUUGACGAAUCCAAGCAAAAGCUUCAACUCCUAUAUUCAAAAAUGUGUUUCUUUGUUAAAGAUAUUCUCAGACAAAGGCUUGGUUGCUGGAGGAACUGUCUUCCAUUGCCAUUUACUCAAGAAUGGUGUUUUAUCAGAGAGAUGUAUAGCUAUCAAGUUAUUAAUAAUGUACCUUGAAUUCAGGAAAUUAUCUGAAGCUAAUCAGAUUGUAAAGGACUUUAAUGGGUUUGAUUUAGUUGUUCAAAAUUGUUUGAUUAAGGCUAAUAUUCAGUGGGGGAAUUUGAGUGAAGCACGGAAAAUGUUCGACGAAAUGCCUGAAAGAAACGAUAUUACAUGGACGUUAUUGAUUUCGGGGUUAAUGAAAUAUGGAAGAUUGGAAGAAUCAAUGUGGUAUUUCGAAAGGAACCCAUUUAAAAGUGUGGUUUCGUGGACAGCUGCAAUUACUGGGUUCGUUAAAAACGGGUCAAGUUUUCAUGGUUUGAAGCUUUUUGUAAGGUUGCUUGAAUCUGGUGUUAAGCCAAAUCAAGUUACUUUUAGUUCUAUAGUUAGCGCAUGUAUAGAAAUUGGUGAUUUUGAUUUGGGAAUGAGUGUUUUGGGGUUGAUAAUUAAAACCGGGUUCGAGAAUAAUGUAUCAGUUUCCAACUCUUUGAUAACAUUGUGUUUAAGAAUGCAUGAAUUUGAUCAGGCUAGGAGGGUGUUCGAUCGAAUGGAAACAAGAGAUGUUGUUUCUUGGACAGCAAUACUCGAUAUGUAUGUCGAGAUGGGAGAGUUGGAAGAGGCAAGGAGGAUUUUUGAUGAGAUGCCACAAAGAAAUGAAGUUUCUUGGAGUGCAAUAAUUGCGAGGUAUAGUCAGUAUGGUGAUCAUAUAGAGGCACUGAAACUCUUUCGAAACAUGGUUCGAGAAGGAUUUAAGCCGACAAUCUCGUGUUUCUCUAGUAUUCUUUGUGCAUUGGCUAGCCUUGAGAAUUUACAAGCAGGAAAGAACCUUCAUGCACAUGUUAUGAAAAUCGGGAUUGAGGGAGAUCUUUUUAUUGCUUGCUCUCUUGUUGACUUGUACUGUAAGUGUGGGGAAACUAAAGACGGACGGUUAGUUUUUGACUCGAUCAAAAACAAAAAUGUUGUUUUGUGGAAUUCGAUGAUCGGUGGCUAUAGUACGAAUGGUCAAAUGGAUGAAGCCAAGUAUUUAUUUGAUAACAUGCCUACUCGUAAUAACAUCUCCUGGGGAGCUUUUAUUCGUGGUUAUGUAGAAUACAAGCAAUUCGAUAUGGUGUUCGAAGUUUUCAAUGAGAUGCUUUUGUCAGGGGAGACUCCGACAAAGCCCACUUUUUCGAGUGUGCUUUGUGCUUGUGCAAGUCUGACCUCAUUAGAGAAAGGCAGGGAUAUUCAUGGCAAGAUCUUAAAACUUGGUUUUCAAUAUGAUGUUUACUUGGGCACUGCCUUAACUGAUAUGUAUGCAAAAUGUGGAGAUAUUGAAAGCUCUAAGCAGGUCUUUGAUAGAAUGUCGGAGAGAAAUGAGUUCUCAUGGACCGUUAUGAUUCAAGGUCUAGCGGAAAGUGGUUUUGCAAAAGAAUCUCUUGCCUUGUUCGAAGAAAUGAAAAGAAAUUCCUCUGUUGCUCCUAAUGAACUCAUGCUCUUAUCGGUUCUAUUUGCAUGUUCCCAUUGCGGAUUUGUCGAUAAAGGACUCAAGUUCUUUGGUGCAAUGAAAUUGGAAUAUGGUAUAAGGCCGAAGGGAAGACAUUACACAUGCGUUGUGGAUAUGCUGUCUCGAUCUGGACGCCUAUCUGAAGCUGAAGAAUUAAUUAACUCCAUGCCAUUUCAACCCGAAGCUAAUGCACUAGCAGCUUUAAUAAGUGGUUGUAAGACAUACAGAAACGAGGAGAUAGCAGAGAGAACAGCUAGAAAACUUGUCGAACUAGCAGAGAAAAACUCCGCUGGAUUCAUCUUGUUGUCCAACAUAUAUGCUUCAGCGGGGAGAUGGAUUGAUGUUUCAAAUAUGAGGAAACUAAUGAGGGAGAAGGGAGUGAAAAAGAGUGUUGGGUUCAGUUGGAUUGAGGUGAGAAGCCAUCUGCAUUCCUUUUAUUCGGAAGAUGGAACACACUUGAAAUCAGCAGAGAUUCAUGAUAUCUUGGAGCUCUUGAGAUUGGAAAUGACGGAUCCUAAACAUUUUCCGACAUUCUAAUCUUUCCUAACUCACAGAAAUGAUCUAGAUUUCAAGGAUAUGCUGCAUCGUACAUUUUUAAUUUAUCGUGGAACCUUGCAUCGGCAAAAUUUGAGCAGGCAGUUAGGGCUGUAUAUAAGGGUGCCAUGAUAUAUAGUUGUUGCAGCUAUAGCUAAAACAUUUAGAGAGAGGAUUGGGAGCUUCUUGGUGUAAGAUCGGAGAAUUGAGUUGUCAGGUUCUAGUCUCCCUGCAAUAACUUUCAAUCCCGGAACUGUCAAAGAUAAGGCCCUUCUGAGCUAAGAACUUUCUGGGAUUUAAUUUAACGGAAGAGGGU